AUGACUUUACAAUUACCGAUAGCGGCGUGUGCUAAAAGAGAUGGAUUAAGUGGUUUGGGUUGUGAGCAAUUUGAGUACGCAAGUACCAUGGCUACAACUUUAUUGGCUCCAGUUAAAACCGAACGUGAGAUCUUAGAACAUUCUAUGUCGGAAGAUGAUCCAAAUGCUAAUAUCCAACUACGUAGUGAAGUAGGUAAUCAGCCCCGUUGGGGUCCUCAACAUCGAGGUGCACAAGAGCUUGCCGAACUUUAUAGUCCAGGGAAAAGGAUACAAGAAGGUGUAUGUGUAGUGUUAUGCUGUACGUUAUGCAUCAGUGCAGGCUUUCUUAUGGCCAAAUACAUUCGUGCAGAUGCUUCAUUGCUACUGGCGGCCAUAGCUGGUGUACUCACUGCUGAUUUUGCAUCAGGAGUAGUUCAUUGGGCAGCAGAUACAUGGGGUGCAGUUGAUCUACCCAUAAUUGGCAAGAGUCUACAGCUGUUAACAGAAGUAUUCAGAUCAAUCUACUUCAAGAAUUUUUUACGUCCCUUUCGUGAGCACCACAUUGAUCCAACUUCAAUUACCCGUCAUGAUUUUAUAGAAACGAAUGGUGAUAAUUUUGCAAUAACCAUACCAGUGCUGGCUCGAAUUGUAUGGCAAUUGCUCACUUAUGAUUCAUCCACGAUUGAAAGUCAAUUCCAUUGGAUUGCUUACUGGUACUUAUGCUGCAUAUUUGUGGCGAUGACAAAUCAGAUCCACAAAUGGUCGCACACGUACUUCGGGCUGCCGGCGUGGGUGGUGUGGCUGCAGGAGUGGCGCGUGGUGCUGCCGCGCCGCCACCACCGCAUCCACCACGUGGCGCCGCACGAGACUUACUUCUGCAUCACCACCGGCUGGCUCAACUGGCCCCUGGAGAAACUGCACUUCUGGUCCACCCUGGAACUGCUCAUCCAAACCCUCACCGGCUGCAAGCCGCGCGCUGACGACCUCAAAUGGGCUCAGAAACGUUCC